AUGAACAACCCCCUGUACGGCGUCCUCUGCGACAGCAUCGCCAACCAGUUCCUCAUCGAGCGGUGCGGCUACGCCAUGAACAAGUCGCCCCACAGCGCCAUCAUCGCAAACACCUACUUUGACUACUUCGGCAGCGUCGAGUACCCGGGCAUGGUGGACGUCGGGCUGCGCGUCGCCCGCCUGGGCACCUCGAGCGUGGUGUAUGAGGUCGGGGUGUUCAAGCGGGGCGAUGACGCCGUCAAGGCUGUGGGCGGGAGUAUGCAUGUGUGGGUGGUCAACGAGGGGGGCGUGCUGGGGAGGCCGGCCAAGGAGGGUAUUCCUGAGCGGGUGCGGCGCGAGUAUGAGACGUUGAUGGAGGGGGAGGAGCAAGAAAAGCAGACGGGGAAAAGGGAGGGAGCAAAGCUGUAA